AUGGUGGUGGGGCUUCCCGGGCCGCACCCUCAGAACGUCCCCUCCACCCCCAACCAGACCCUCCCUUCUCGGUCCUCCCGGCCUCCUCCCUCGCCCCCUCCCCAGCCCCACCUCGGUCCGCUCGGUUCCGUGGAAAUGCUGGCUCUUCUCUGGCUCUUCCACGCGGAAACCCCGGGCGCUGGGCUGCUCAGCGACCUGCGCCUCUGCUGGGGUCCGGAUCCCGCCUCACUCUGCACGAGCCCUGGACUGCAGCGGUACCGCGAACUGGAAAGCCAUCUGCCAAGCCCUAAGGAAGGCAGAUGGAAGGCUGGAGAGCUCGGAAUAAAUUCCUCAGCAUUUGCCUAUUAUAAUCGGAGCAGAAAGAAGCCCUAG